AGUAAAAAAUUAUCAAAAUUAAAACUUCGUAAUUCACGGUGGGCUCGGCAAAAAAUACUUUAGUUUAGUAUAAGACUAUAGGCCGCCAAAACUUUGGGCACAAAAACGUCUAAGCCCAAAACUCGAAUCAAAGAAUUCCAUCGGGUCGAGCCCAAGAAGGAAAGAAAAAUCCAUUUUUCACUUCUGAAAAAAAGAAAAAAAAUGAAAUAAAUGCGAUUUGUCCCCAAAGCCAAAUCAAUCGUCUUCUUCCUGUGCCUGAGAAUCGAAACACAAAACCUUCUGUAAACACCAUGGGUCAAGGAACGCCAGGCGGUCUAAACCGACCGGGUGACCGGAAGCAAGAUGGCUCCGACAAGAAGGACAAGAAGUUCGAGCCGGCGGCUCCUCCUGCUCGUGUCGGCCGCAAGCAACGAAAACAGAAAGGACCCGAAGCCGCUGCUCGACUCCCCACAGUUACGCCGCUCACUAAGUGUAAGCUGCGACUUCUGAAGCUGGAGCGUAUCAAGGACUAUCUUCUGAUGGAAGAAGAGUUCGUAGCUAAUCAGGAGCGACUCAAGCCGCAGGAGGAGAAAGCUGAGGAAGAUCGAUCUAAAGUCGAUGAUUUGAGAGGGUCACCGAUGAGUGUGGGGAAUCUGGAGGAGCUGAUCGAUGAGAAUCAUGCGAUUGUGUCGUCGUCGGUUGGCCCCGAGUACUACGUGGGGAUUCUGUCCUUUGUUGACAAGGACCAACUGGAGCCUGGUUGUGCUAUUUUGAUGCACAACAAGGUUCUCUCUGUUGUUGGGAUUCUGCAAGAUGAAGUUGAUCCAAUGGUGUCAGUUAUGAAGGUUGAAAAGGCUCCAUUGGAGUCUUAUGCUGAUAUAGGGGGUUUGGAUGCCCAGAUUCAGGAGAUUAAAGAGGCAGUUGAGCUACCUUUGACUCAUCCUGAACUUUAUGAAGACAUUGGUAUUAAGCCUCCUAAGGGUGUCAUAUUGUAUGGAGAGCCAGGGACUGGCAAGACCUUGCUUGCAAAGGCAGUGGCAAAUUCUACAUCAGCAACUUUCUUACGUGUUGUUGGUAGUGAAUUAAUUCAGAAGUACUUGGGAGAUGGUCCAAAGUUAGUGAGAGAAUUAUUCAGAGUUGCUGAUGAGCUCUCACCAUCAAUUGUCUUCAUUGAUGAAAUUGAUGCUGUUGGUACUAAGAGGUAUGAUGCUCAUUCAGGCGGUGAACGUGAAAUUCAGAGGACAAUGUUAGAAUUGCUGAACCAGUUAGAUGGUUUUGAUUCAAGAGGAGAUGUCAAAGUGAUUCUUGCAACAAAUAGAAUUGAAAGUCUUGAUCCAGCUUUGCUUCGCCCUGGUAGGAUUGAUAGGAAGAUUGAAUUUCCUCUUCCUGACAUCAAAACAAGGCGGCGCAUAUUCCAGAUACAUACGUCAAGGAUGACAUUGGCUGAUGAUGUCAACUUAGAAGAAUUUGUUAUGACUAAAGAUGAGUUCUCUGGAGCUGAUAUAAAGGCAAUAUGUACCGAAGCUGGUUUGCUUGCUUUAAGGGAACGUCGAAUGAAGGUUACACAUGCAGACUUUAAGAAAGCCAAGGAAAAGGUGAUGUUCAAGAAGAAGGAAGGUGUUCCUGAAGGACUCUAUAUGUGAAAGGCUUCUUUUUAUUUUCCAUUGUUUAUUUGGGGAAGAGGGUUUAUUCGAGUCUGCUCUGCUACCUGUUUUUCGAAGAUACUUCUGCAUCCUUCUCUCAUUCUGGAUUUAACUGCUUGUAAUUUAAAAUUUACUUUUAAGAACAUGUUGACAUUUUCUUUUCAGACUAUUUGAGCAGUAUGGUAUCACUAAAACACUGUCUUCAGAAUUAAAAUUGAGGGAAAGGAAUGGAAAGAGGAGGGAAUGAAAUCAAAGCAAAUUU